AUGGCUGUCAAUAGGGUCUCUUCGGACUGUUCCGACAUUGAACACGUCUCUCACGAAAAAGACUCUGUUACCCACCAUGAGUAUCAACGAAAUGGCAACCUGAGCCCUGAUGAUGUUGUAUUCCUCGGCAACUUCCCAGACGACAAGAAGAAGAAAGCAGUUCGCAAGGUCGACUACCGACUCAUGCCGAUGCUGAUUCUGCUCUACCUCAUGGCGUAUCUCGACAAGACCAACAUUGGAAACGCCAAGAUCGAAGGGCUGUUGGGCAGCCUCAACAUGACGGGCGUCGAGUACAACAUUGCAGUCUCUGUCUUCUUCAUCCCUUUCGUCCUGGCUGAAGUUCCGAGUAACAUGAUUCUACACAUGUUCAAGAGACCAUCGCUCUACAUUGGCGGCAUUGUCACAUGCUGGGGCGUUAUCAUGACCUGCAACGGCGUGGUGCAGAGCUACGGUGGCCUAGUAGUGAUCCGAAUAUUCCUCGGCUUGUUUGAGUGA